UCCUUUCCUGGGGCUCAGCUUACACAUUGGGUUCUCUCCCUCCUUCUGUGGUGCAAUGUGGCAAAGGGAUGGUGAAACCCCCGAGAAAGCUGAGACCCAGGCAGGGGGGUUCCGCCCUCCCUCUGCCACACCACCCCACCACCGCCACUCUUUUCCACCUUGGUGCUGGUGCUGGUAGUGACGGUGAUGCUGCUGGUGCUGUAUGGUGUAUCUUCCCAUGGUGAGCCAUGUGCCCCAUGGUGAGCCAUGUGUUAUAUGGUGUAUUAUCGCAUGUGUGUAUCAUCCCAUGGGUGUAUCAUCCCAUGGGCGUAUCAUCCCAUGGGUGAACAUCCCGUGGUUUGCCAUGUGAGGGGGUGCUUGAGCCUAUAGCCCGGCCAAGAGGGUGGUGGGUGUGGGUGGAGGCUCAUGGUGGUGAUCGUGUGAUGCAGGCGCAUGCCUCUUGCAGCUUGCAGUGCAGCCAUGAGAUCGGGCAUGGAUGGAUGCAUGCCUGCACACAUGGUGCUGAUGGGAUCAAUCUGCAAGGUGCACAAGGGAGGGGUACGUGGGGUGGAGUGCCCCUCCUGCUUCUUGUAGCAGAACCAUCUGCUGGGGCGUGGAUGGCUCUGCGUCAAGGCCUGCACUAGGAUGUGGUAGCUCGGCCGACCACAUUCAAGAUUACCACGUAUAAUGUAGAAGAUGGUUGUUGGUGUAGGUCUCUAGCUUUCCUAGGUUUGGCUUGUUACCUCGGAAUCCAUGGCUGUCGCCUGACACGUCAUCGCCAAGCGGUUGUUCGGUCUAUAUCGUAGUCCCAGUCGUAGCUCUAAUCUUCAUCUUAGUAUCGUAACAUAUUCUCUAGUCAUUCGGAGAACCUCUCUAGGUUCAGUUAGUUUCCUCGCUAUCCAUGUCGUCUGCUCAGCAACUAUGUUUGACGCUUAAUCGCGAUCAGAGUCUUAACGUCACGUUAAUCAUAAUUUCUAAUCUAGUUAGCGGAGCAUCUCUAUUGUAGGCAUCUGGAGCUUCUAGAGCAGCGCUAUUCUACUCGUUCGAAGCAGUUCAUUGGUGGACUCUCGGAAUCCAUAAGACGCCUAUCCUCGCAAUCCAUGGCUGUCGCCACCUGCUGUUCUAUCAUCUAACAAUGACCAUCUUAAUCUUUACCAUAAUCACAAUUUCCGCUCUAGUACCUCAUAAGGACUCUGUUCUAGUACCUCAAUCCCGAACAACCCGUCAUGGUGACCGUCGACCGUCGCAGUACUUCUGCCGCUCUGCCUCGUCUUACAAUGCACUUUCACCGCUGCCUCGUCUUAUAGACGUGGUUCGCCACCUGAGGGUUCGUCGAGGUUCGCCACCGCUCCCCGUGAGCUCCUUCGAAGGCCAACGCUGCUGGUCAGAUGGUCGCCGGCAACACCUGUUCCAGACGCCGAAGGCAACGCCGAUUUUUUCUGACGCCAACCGCCACGAAGACUUCUGACGAAAACUUUGCGACGGCGACAAAGGAAGCGGCGUUUUCUAACGGCGACAAUCCCGACGCCGUUUCCUCAAGGUUGCGAUCGCGACGGUGUUUUUUGACGGCGACAAUCGAGAGCAUUUUCUGAGGCGGACGAUCGCGACGGCGCUUUCUGACGGCGACGACCGCGACAGCGUUUAUGAGGCUGACGAUCGCGACGACGUUUUCUGACGGCGACGAUCGCGACGUCUUCCUGGUGCUGACGGCGAUGGUUGAGGUGAGGCUGACGAUUGCGACGGCGUUUGCUGACAAUGAUGCCCGCCACGGCAUUUCCUGACGGCUACAAUCGCCACGGCGUGUUCUGAUGGUGACGAUCGUGGCUCCUGCCUCCUUCCCUCUCGCCCCUGCCUUGUGCGUGGAGGAAGGGUGGUGGGAUGACGCACGGCAGGCAGGAACAGCGGUGUCACCAAUACAACUCCCCACUCAAUCAAGGUCCCGUGUGCUGCCGCUGGGAGUGGUGCUGCGCUACAACCAUCCAGUGGUGCUGCGGAUGGUGCUGCUGACGGUGCUGCCGACGGUGCUGCUGACGGUGCUGCUGACGGUGGUGCGGAUGGUGCUGCCAAUGGUGCCACCGAUUCUGCUGCUGGCGGUGGUGUCGCUGCUGCGGCGACCUUGUGCUGCUGUUGCUGCUGGCAGUGGUGCUGCUGCUGGCACUGCUGCUGCUGGCGGCGGUGGUGGCGCUGCUGCUACGUCCGCUUCAAAUACCUACGCAAACGGCUAAGUACUCUUACCCUUCUCCUCUUGUUGUGUUUUUCGCCUUUUCUAUUCAUUUUAUGACUGCCCUAGGCACUGCUGCGUGGGGGGCUGAGAGGUGGACGGGGGGUUGGAGUUGAGUGGUGAAGUGAGGGCGUGGCAGUCCAUGGCGCUUGGCGGUCGCUUGCAUAGUCUAGGCGGGCAGCUCAGCAUUCAUUCGUUCCCAUGCGCGCGUCCCUCUCUCUCCUCUCACACCUCCACUUUCUUCUCAGUCCCCUUCGCAUGGCCGCCAAGUGCCAUGGGUUCGCCUGUGCCUCACGCUCCUUCCCCCUUGAUGCCUUGAAAGCCUUCCCACUGCAGUGCUGCCGUGGGUCUUAGCCACAUGUUCUACUCUUCUCGUCCUUGCUUCCCAGUUUCUGCCUUGUUACGUGGAUCUAACUUUUUGCAACUCCUUCCCCUAGUGCGUUUCUCCCCUCACCAUUCCCCCUUGCACCAGAAGGCUUGCGGGAGCCGCUGCUGGGAGUGCUGCUGGAGGGAGUGCGGUUGUGGGGAGUGCGGUUGGAGGGAGUGCGGCUGGAGGGAGUGCGGCUGGAGGGAGUGCGGUUCGGGGGAGGGCAGCAGCGUGGGAGCACGUGGUGCAGCCACGAUUGUAGCUGAGGAGCGCUCUGCACCGACACAUCCACGCCCCUCCCGAACUCCUCCUCCUCUCACCUCGCCCCCCUCCUCCUCUGGCUGCCAGUGCUCUCACCACGGGACCCUCCCCAGGUGGUAGAGGCAGCGCCAUGAUGUGAGCAUGGUGGCUGCGAGGUGUGGUAUGGUCCCUGGUGGGACCUGCAGCUCCCAACACACCCACUCGCCCAUCCGCUCCUCACACUGCAACCUGCCAACAGCGACGCUGCAACACUCACAACCCAACACCGACCACCCAACCGAUACCAGGACCUUCACUCCCGCUCCUUCGUUUCGUGUUUAAUUUUACUCACUUGCUUAAUCGCUUGCUUACUGUGUUCCUUUGUGUUAGUUUUCGCUUCGUCAUUAUUUUGUCUUCUACCUCACUCGCUCCCUCUCCUUUUCUCUUUCACUUGCCCCUUCCCCUUCCCCCCACCCCUCUUUCUCACCCUCUGCCCCUCCCAUGCAGCAGCCGCAGUGGGGGGCAGCAGGGAUGGCGGCAGUGGGAUGACGCACGGCACGCAAUCACGGGGCUGCCGUGCAACUGGAGGCAGCGGUGCGGCAUGCCCUGUCGCUGUGGCUGCCCUGCACGUGCCCUGCUGGCCACAGCGCGCCCUGCCCUUCACGAGCUGGCGGUACAAGACGAGGUGCUGGGAGCGGCAGUGGCGCUGCUGCUGCCAUGGCGGCGUCAGCAGCAGUGUCGGGAGUUGCACCACUGGCAG